AUGUCCACGGGACAGGCGAGUAAAUGGCGAACCCAUUCAACCAAUUUUUAUGCCUCCCAAGAGCCCCAGUUAAAGCCCGGGUGCAUCAAUAUAUCGCCUUGCUGGUUUCAACAGGGACACGAGGUCUAUGGCUUUAUGCCCGAAGUCUCCGCUACCUUGAAGGGGGACAGGAGCCUGUCGGUCAUCCAAGACAUGCAACGUCCGGGUCUCAUAUCUUCAGCCGCCCUUCGUGUAAUGCACCCGCAGUUAUACCGUGCAUCUAUAUCCACUCAUAUAGAGCUUGGGCAUUGGGCAGACAAGCAAGGAUUGGAUGAUAUGUGCAAGUUCCUUCAACAUUGGACAUCCGUCUACACGGGAGCGGCAAUCAUGUGUAACAGGAAGUCGCCAAGCCAUCGAGAUCCGAAAUGCCCCCCGGAAGGUUUUGAUAUCCUUACCUGCAUAGGCGGCUAUGGCCAUGGCGUAAUGCAAUUGACCAACUUGGGCAUCGAGCUCGCUUAUGAUCCGGGUGUUAUGGUUAGCUAUUCUGGCCGGCUCGUGAGGCACGGCGUUCAAGUUGCCGAGGGAGACAGAAUCGUCUGGGCUUGGUUUAUGCGCGAUAGCGUGCAU